CGGCUGUGGAGGGAUGCGUGUUGCACAAUGUGACCUCUCAUCAACGCACCUCACCCGCCUCACCCUCCACCCCGCUCCAAGGUCCAGUUCAGUCUGUGCGUGGACGCCACCAGAGACAGUCCACUGGGACCCCGGGAAGUCAGAUACGUGUUUGAACAUCAGUACCAAAGAUGGGAGACAACUGGGGGUUCUUGUCAACCUUACUGGACAAGGUCCAGUCCCACUCGACAGUGAUCGGAAAGAUCUGGAUGACGGUGCUCUUCCUGUUCCGGAUCAUGGUCCUGGGUGCCGGCGCCGAGAGCGUGUGGGGCGACGAGCAGUCGGACUUCAUCUGCAACACCCAGCAGCCCGGUUGCGAGAACGUGUGCUACGACUGGACCUUCCCCAUCUCGCACAUCCGCUUCUGGGUCCUCCAGAUCAUCUUCGUGUCCACGCCCACGCUGGUGUACCUGGGCCACGCCGUGCACGUCAUCCACCAGGAGAAGAAGCUGAGGGAGCAGCUGGCCAGCCCCGGGGGGCCACGCCGCUUCAAGUCGCCCAAGUACACGGACGAGAAAGGCAACGUGAAGGUGAAGGGGAAGCUUCUGGGAAGCUACCUGACCCAGCUGGUCUUCAAGAUCCUCAUCGAGGCCGCCUUCAUCACGGGCCAGUACUACUUGUACGGCUUCAUCAUGGUGCCCAUGUUCCCCUGCUCCAGGGCCCCGUGCCCCUUCACGGUGCAGUGCUACAUGUCGCGUCCCACCGAGAAGACCAUCUUCAUUAUCUUCAUGCUGGCCGUGGCCUGCAUCUCCCUGCUCCUCAACGUGGUGGAGGUCUUCUACCUCCUGUGCACCAGGUGCAAGUCCAGGUCUCGCGGCCGCACGUACACCCCCGCCCAGAUCCCGGUCGAUCUUCCACCACCCAGGUGGCCCGGCACCGACGUAGCCCUCCAGCAGAACAAGAAGAACUUGGAGCUGGAGACCAGCCACAGCAUUGGAGGAAGUCUGGACGGCGCCAAGGAGGAGAACCCCCUGGUUGGCGGAGAACAAUCAGCUGGACUGCAAACACCAACGCUGGUCCACCACAAGCGCACGUUGAAGAUGGGCGAGUGGGGCUUUUUGGCGUCCCUGCUGGACAAAGUGCAGUCGCACUCCACCGUCAUCGGGAAGGUGUGGCUCAGCGUUCUCUUCAUCUUCCGGAUCAUGAUCUUGGGAGCUGGCGCCGAGAAGGUUUGGGGUGACGAGCAGUCCAAGAUGAUCUGCAACACCAAGCAGCCGGGCUGCAAGAACGUGUGCUACGACCACGCCUUCCCCAUCUCCCACAUCCGCUUCUGGGUGCUCCAGAUCAUCUUCGUGUCCACGCCCACGCUCAUCUACCUGGGCCACGUCAUGCACGUCAUCCACAAGGAGAACAAGCUGAGGGAGGUGAUGAGGAGCCCCGGCGGCAGCCCCAGCAAACUCCCCAAGUACUCGGACGAGAAGGGUCAGGUGAAGAUCAAGGGCGACCUGUUGGGGAACUACAUGACCUCCAUCUUCUUCCGCAUCGUGCUGGAGAUGGCCUUCAUUGUGGGCCAGUACUACCUGUACGGCUUCAUCAUGGACCCCAGGAUCGAGUGCUCCAGGGAGCCGUGCCCCUUCACCGUGGAGUGCUACAUGUCGCGGCCCACCGAGAAGACGAUCUUCAUCAUCUUCAUGCUGGUCAUGUCCUGUGUCUCUGUGCUGCUCAACGUGAUGGAGAUCUUCUACUUGGCCUGUUCGCGCAGUGCCAGACGGAGGGCCAAGAUGGGCGCCCUGGCCCUGGCCCCCCUGAACGGCGAGCGUUACACCAAAGCUUGAAGACCAGCCGAGAACUUUGAAGAACUUUGACUUUUGUAACAUUUUCAUGCUUUGGUUUGGCCGUCGCGUUAUUGGCAGUAAAGGAAGAUCAAAUAUAUCAUAUCAUGAUAUAUCAUAUAACAAUGUCUUUCAAGCACACAAUCACACUGUGAAUUUAAAUCGACUAUUUAUUUCCGCCUAAUAAUCCUAUGAUAAGAAAUCAGGAGCUCAUAAUGAAUCCAGUAGCGCCCCUGGUGGUGAAAAUGUGUAACUGAUGUAACUUCCUGCUCCAUAUUGUUGCCUACUCCCUUUAAUUACAUUUUUUAUGAUGACUUGUGCUUUUGUAAAAUCAUUUUUUGUGUCUAAA